GCGAAAUCCCGGCGGUUGAGUAGAAUCGCGGCGAGCCACUUCAGUCAAACGAUAAUUCUCGCUUCGUGAACGAUGAAUGUCAACGAAGAUUUGAGUUACGCGUUUGCUCUCAGUCGCCAGUGCUUGCGGUUGUUGGGCGUAUGGCCCGAUCCGCGUGUUCCCGUGAGUGACUUUCGCAGGCCCAGCUUGAGAUUCANGAUNGUCCUGUGCAUCUUAAGUUUUUACGUGAUCAUACCGCAAUUGACGAACAUGAUCCGCGCGUGGGGUAACGUGACUUUGAUGGUGCAACACAUUGCCUCCGCGAAUUUCAGCUUGAUGGCAAAUUGCAAACUGGUGAUCACCUUGUUGCACAGCGAAACACUUCGAACGCUGAUGAUAUCGGUCACGGAGGAUUGGAUGACUGCGAAGAACANCUGGGAACGAGAUAUAAUGUUGAAAAUCGCGAGACGCGGCAGAAGUUUGUCCUUUAAAUGUUACAUAAUGGCGGUGGGCGCGGUUGGAUCUUACAUGUGUCUCAAUCUUCUCAAGUUCUAUCGAAGCAUGCACAAGCCGCAACGACCUAUCGUCUAUUGGUUUCCUUAUCCCUACAACNUUCAGAAGAGUCCGAAUUACGAACUCACCUUUUUUAUUCAGCUCUCAGGCGGUGCGUACACGGCUCUCAUUAACUGCACCGUCGACAGCUUCGUUUCGAUACUCGUGCUUCACGUAUGCGCACAACUGAAAAUUCUACGAUUAAAGCUCAACCAUUUGGUGGACCAAGCGGCCGACAAAUCUGCAUCUUCUUCGUCAUUCAAGGAAAGCUUGAUCGCUAUCGCUACGCGCCACGAACGUCUCAUCAGGAACGCAAAGACAAUUGACAAGUGCUACAGCGACGUGUUACUCUUGCACAUGCUGGCUCUUACUUUUCAACUGUGUUUUCAAACCUUUCAAGUUUACACGAUAAUAACGGAGCGUUCGGACGUGUCGAUAUUUAAACUAGCUUUCCUCUCGUUUUACGCCGUGGUUGUGUUAAUGAACAUGUACAUUUAUUGCUACUCAACCGAGAGGCUCUUAAAGGAGAGCACCGGCAUGGCGUACGGCGUGUACGAGUGCAAGUGGUACGAUUUGCCGUCGAAAAACGCAAAGGACUUGAUGUUCAUCGUGUAUCGUUCCGCGAAUCCGCUUAAACUGACGGCCGGAAAGUUCGGAACGUUUUCAAUUGAAAUGUUCGGAACAACAUUGAAAACGUCAAUGGGAUACUUAUCUGCAUUGCUGACGAUGAAAGAUUAGAAGUGACAUGAGCGG